CUGUUGCCGCCACCAACGAAGAAGGUCGUUACCCAUAGUGCUUUGCGUUGGAACUGGAAACAAAGUGUCUUUAGAACAACUUGUGCACGAGAUUUAUGGUUAAAUGAAUUCUGAUUUAGUUUUUCGUAUUUUAUUUCGUUUUGUGUCCUAGACUAGUCUGACGUUGACCAGCCAUGUCUGAGGCCCUGAAGAAGCGCAAGUCGAAGGUUCUCCGCAGCGAGAUGGGCACACUGGAGGUGAAACGUGGCCGCGGAGAGGGGGACCAGGAUGUACGUGUGUAUAGUGAGGAGGUGGAGCUGGAUGGUAGGGACCCAGAGGAGGACUACCAGCAAUAUAAACUAACAUGUGAAGCUCUGGCCCAACUGAUGAACAAUAUCCAGGAGCUGAAAGCCAACGGCGCCAAGGAUGGGUGUGCUGAGGUAGAGCAGAAGAGGAUGCAGAGCUGUAUCCACUUUAUGAGUCUGAAGAAACUCAACCGCCUGGCUCACAUGAGACUGAAGAGAGGGAGAGACCAGACACAUGAGGGCAAGCAGAGAGUAGAUGUGUUGCACCUGCAGCUCCAGAACCUGCUCUAUGAGGUCAUGCACCUGCAGAAGGAGAUCAGCAAGUGUCUGGAGUUCAAGUCAAAGCAUGAGGAGAUAGAUCUUGUGAGUGUAGAUGAGUUCUACCAGGAGGCCCCCCCUGAGGUAUCCCGCACCCCCCUCACCAAGGACGACACCCACCAACUCACGCUGGCCAGGCUGGACUGGGAACUGGAGCAGAGGAAGAGGCUGGCUGAGCAGUACAAGGAGUCUCUGUCCAGUAAGGACAAGAUCCAGAAAGGCAUUGAGGUGAAGAAGGAACACCUGAGUUCUCUACAGCCUGGACUCAACGCUAUCAUGCAGGCAUCCCUCCCAGUCCAGGAGUAUCUCUCCAUGCCGUUUGAACAGACCCAGAGACAGACAGAGAUCGCCCGCCACCUUCCCCCCUCUCUCUAUGUCCUACUGGUACAGGCCAGUGCUUACGGACAGGCCUGCGAUAAGAGCCUGAGUGUGUCCAUCAGUGGAGACGUGAACGAGGCCAAAGCUCUGUCUAAACCUCCAGAGGACUCCCAGGAUGAUGAUUCUGGUGAUUCUGAUGCAGAGGAGGAGCAGGAGAAAACGAAGAGGAGGAGACCUACUACAGGUGGACAGCUGGAUGAUAAGAGACGUGAGAUGCUGAAGAGACACCCUCUCUCCCUCUGCCUAGACCUCAAAUGCAAAGAUGGCAGUGUGCUGCAUCUGUUGUUCUACUACCUGAUGAACCUGAACAUCAUGACUGUCAAGGCCAAAGUCUCCACCGCCACAGAUCUCACUGGAGCUAUCAGCGCCGGGGAGCUGUUAAACUCUGACACGCUACUCAACUGCCUGUAUGCCAACGACCAGGGGCGCGAAACGCCCAACCCCUCUAACCGCUACCAGUUUGAUAAAGUGGGGAUCAGUUCAUUUGGAGACUACGUGGCAGAACUGGGUCAUCCCUACCUGUGGGUGCAGAGUCUGGGAGGACUGAAGUUCCCCAGUGACGCCCCAGAGGGUUUGCGUGCAGGCAGUUCUCUGAGUGCCAGUCACAUGGAAAGCACCAUGAAGCUGCUGAGAGGACGAGUCCAGUCACGCCUGGCCCUGCACAAACAGUUCUCCUCACUAGAGCACAGUAUUGUUCCAGUGUCCAGUGAGUGCCAGCACCUGUUCCCUGCUAAGGUUCUCUCCCGCCUGGCUCGCUGGACUACCAUCACACACCAGGAGUACACGAAUCAGGUGUUCACGCAGCAUGUGUCAGAAGCAGGUCUGGCUCGGGAGACUGACCUGUUCUUCAUGGCCGUGUUGGAGAGAGGAACAGCUCGUCUUCAGGCUGCGGUGGUGUUGAACCCCUGUUACCCAGUCAUUUCUCCUCUCUUUGCUGUCUCACUCAGCUGGAAGGGGGAGCGCAGUGGACGUACUGACGACAACCUUCGAGCCAUGGAGAGUGAGGUGAACGUUUUCAAAUCAGAGCUCCAGGGGCCCCGCCCAGGCCACCAGCUGCUGACCAAUCAGGUAGCUCGUCUGGGUGUCUGUCUGGAUGUGUACCUGGAGACUGACGGACAGGACGACAGCGUGGAGGGACCACGGGAGUUCCCCAGAGAGAAGAUGUGUCUACGCACUGUCAGGGGUCCGAACCGUCUGAAGCCGUUCAAGUACAACCACCCCCAGGGCUUCUUCAGUCACCGCUGACCUCUCCUUUACCCCUUCACCCCUGACCCCCUCACCCCAGAUCUCUUACCCUACCUCAAGGCUUCUUCUGAAUUUACCCUCUGUCAUGCCCCUGCCCUCAUAUCCCCAUAUCUUGUUUGUUUAACACACUGUUUGACACAUUCUGUGUGUCGGUUGGUCAAUAAAAAGCUAGUGAUCUUG